AUGGCGGACUCGGCAUCAAAAGAUCGUGCGGCGAAGCGGUCAGGAAGGGGAGGCCCGGGAGGGGGAGAUGAACCGAAGCAAAAGCGAGCAGGAUCCCUCGGUGUCGACGCCGGCGGCGGCGGAGGAUCCUCUGCUCCUGCAACGGCGCCGGCGUCAGCGUCGCGCGCUCACCCAGGGAGCGCUGCGGCGUCGUUGGUGGACGUCACGGUUGAGGACGCCGACGCCCUCGACUGCGGCGUGUGCUUCCUCCCACUGAAGUCCCCAAUCUUCCAGUGCGACGUGGGGCAUGUUGUCUGUUCACUGUGCCGUGAUAAGCUCCAGGCCACGGGCAAGUGCCAUGUGUGUGGGGUCGCCACCGGCAACUACCGCAGGUGCCAUGCCAUGGAGCAAUUAGUGGAAUCCAUCCGCGUCCCAUGUUUGUACGCUGCCCAUGGUUGUGCCUUGAGGGCGGCCUACUAUGAUCAAGAAAGCCACCGCUUGGUGUGCGAGCACGCGCCAUGCCACUGUCCUGGUGAGGCUUGCAGCUUUGUGGGCUCCACAGCUGCGCUCCUGGACCAUGUCAGCACGGCACACAAAUGGCCAUGCAUCACCACAGUCAAAACCAACGAUAAUGGCUAUUCUAACGUCCAUCUCCAUGAUGGCUUCAACCUCAUCCUCGCUGAUUGCUCCAUCGGAAACAAGAACAAAGGUUCCACUUCCAGCGUCCAGUGCCUUCUCCUACUGACUGUGGAGCGGCAACAGCUUGCCCGCUUCAUCUCUGUGCACUGGAUUGACCCUCACGCUGCCGGCACCAGUGGUAGUCAGGGACCAACCUCAAAGGAAAUGGAAUGCAAGCUUUGGUACAGUGCGAACUUUGAACUUAUCCGCUGCAGUACUUGGUUAAUCCGCCAUUUCCAGUCAUGGAAGUUCAGAGUAGCCCGCACAAACCUCUCUAAUGGGCUGCCUAAACCUGACGACUGCUUCCAGGUUGUCGUGCCAAAUUCAGUUGUUGGAGAUGGUACUGGUAUCCAGAUCGAAGUUCGCAUUGACAUAAAUUGA